UCUGCUUAUCAUAUGCGUGUGGUUGGCUCGGGCACCUUAUCUUGUGUGCUGACGUGGAGAUCUCUCGUUGGCUGGGGACAGGCUUCCAUAGCUCUAGGUCUUGUGAAACAAUCCCUAAUUCCUAGAGGAGCCAAGCAGCCACAAUCCAUGGCAGCAGCGAUGAUGAGCUUGAGCUCCUUGAAUGUGGCAGCAUUGCCGCAAUGCGAUGGAUUGGCGCGGCAGGGGUUGGCAUUGGCCCCGGCGAGGAGUUCGGGGAGGAAGAUCGUCGCAUCGUCGCGGAGCCGUGUUGUGAUGAGCGCCAAGAAGAGCGAUAGGGAAGAGCAAGGAAGCAUUCCCGUGGCUCAGCUAACGGCGCUGGCGCUGGCGGCGAGCGCGGUGAUUCCAGAGUUUGCCGAGGCCGCGAUCACGCCAUCGCUCAAGAAUUUGCUGCUGAGCGUGGCGGCAGGAUUCGGAGUUCUCGGCGCGCUCGUCGUGGCGGUGCUGGGCGUGGCUACAUUCGAUCCAGUGAAGAGAAGCUAAAAAUCUUUCGUGUAAAAAACAGGGGAUCCCUAGCCCUAAUCCCUCUGCCACGUGGUAUGACGCGUGGCAGGAAUAUACCAGCGCAUAAUCACGGAAUUCGAAACCUAAUGAAUGAAGCUGGGCU